AUGCAGCUAACGCAAAAUUAUAUCAUUGUUAAUUUACUACUCUACGAGGAAGUGCAAAUGCUUGUCAAACUGGAGAAGUUAAUAGCACGUCCAGAACCAACGCCAGGAGUUUCAGAAGAAUGGGGCUCUGGCUGGACUGGACCAAACUUUAUUGUGGAAAUCGAAGAGACUGGAUCUGCCUCAGCAACGAACUCAGAUUAUCUCAACAGCAACGAAGAUGUGACCAGCUUAACAACAUUAAACUCCACAGCGGCGGGGAGUGGUCCCAAAAUUGUCGUCCGACCCGAGGAGGUGAUCAUUGUCGGACUCGUGUUAAUGCUUUGGGUUGGUGCCAUUGUUUUGUUCUUUAAUCGUUGGGGUAAAAUUCGAAUGCUGGAGCCGUAUCAACCGAAAUUUCAGCAACAGCAUCGGUCUUCCUGUCCACUGGUAGAUUUGGAUGCAAUACCAACACAUGGUCGGGCAUCUGUAUCUCGCAUGUCAAUGGGCUUAGUGAACAAUAUUAAUAUGCCAACAUGUCAUUUUGCCGCCUACAAUCCAACGAUAUAUUCUAAAGGCUAUGCUGCAGCUUCACGUCCACGACAGAACUCGGUCUUUGUUGGUCCCAGCCCGAAUCAGUUCAUGAUGCCACGGCCGCCACGUAAAACGCGCUCGGCGAUGGAUUUACAUUCGAUGGUACUCGAUGAGGCGGCAGAGCAGGUGUAAAUACUGUAUUUAUGUAAAUUGAAUACAUACAAACUCAUGCACUCAUUAUGUAACUCAAUUUUAUGCGAAAAUGCUUUGAAUUUCGAUAUUUUUACGAAAAUAAUUUUUAAAGCAGUUUCUCAUCUAAAGGAAGGCGGCAAAUUUUGCUCACUAUGUAUGUCUAUAAAAACUAUAAUUAUAACUAACUAAAAUAUAUAAAAUCAAAAAAAAAAAAAAAUAUUUCAAUUUAACUCUACUCUCAUGAAUUGUUUCCUACUAGCACUUGUUACUUUCUACAAGCCACGUCUAUUUACAGCUGUCAUACACUAAUAUGAUGUACAUAUAUACAUAUAUCGUAUGUAUGUUAAAUUAAUUGUAGAUAUUUGUACCCUACUCUUCUCUACUUAAAUAUUUUAUAUAUUUAUAUCUUACUGUAGUUAUAUUUAAAUUUAUAGUUCAUUUGUAUUUCUCAAAACUAAGAUUACGCAAUUAAUCAAUUGAUUAAACGAAUGAUUAAUUGAAAAACUAUUUUUAAGAUUGAUCGUAGAACAAUUAACUAGUGGAAAAAAUUAAUUAACUCCGUUAUUGAUUACAACUUUUAUAAUAACUAAAAAAUUAAUUAAAUUAAAGGCGAAUCAAAUGAUUAAUCAAGUUUGUGAUUAAUAUAAAAUAAGAUUAAAUCAAUUUCUCGAUUUAUAUUUUCUUUCUAAUAAUAACAAAGUCAAUUUGUUUGCUCAGAAUUUAAUUGUUUAUUCAGCCUCUUUAAAACUAACUAUUAAUUGACUUAACACACUACCAAAAUUAAUCAUAAUUCGGCCCAAUUAUGUACGAGAUGUGUCCAAAAAAUAACAAAGUUUUUCUAUUUAUUAACGAAAUAUUUUUUUAUUCAUCAGUUUUGAUGUUUUGCCCUUCUUAAGAAUACUCCCCCAGCACUUUUUCCAAUCCCCAUAGCUCAUCUCAAAUACAAUCUUUGAAAGAACGUUGAUUUCCUUCAGCUGUGUCCUUCCAAUGUCAAUGUAGGGUGUGAUACAUUGUUGGUCUUUAAUGGUUCUUUUUCCUUUUAUAAAUAGACAAAAGUCACCAGCGGACAAGUCUGACUAAUAUGCAGGCUCGAGAAUCGAUAGAAUAUUUUCCCGGAGACAAAUCGCGAGCCAGUAUAGAAGUGAGAGCUAGUAGAGUAGGGACCACACUUUCUUCCCACUAUUGUGGGUAUUUCAUGCGGACAUUGAAUAUAAGAACAGUUUGGCUCCCUGGCAGCAAUUCAUGCUACAAAGUGUGUUUUCAAGAGGAAACAAAAUGUAAAUAUUUUAAUAUUAUGGCCAAUAAAUUAACUUCAUGAUAACUUUAAGAGUUUGCCAUGUUGUUUUAUAAAUUACUUGGGGCAAGUGACCGCCGUGGCUGGCUCAAAUAAAUUCCCAACCGAGCGGUUCAAUUUUAGACCCUAUUUUGCAACAAUUGUGGCAGAAAUAAUGCUCCGAAAAUUCUCUACCAAGGCAUCAAUCGACUCGGGCUUUUCUUCGUACACAAGCGGCUCCACAUAGCUCCACAUAAAGUAGUCUAGCCGUGUUAAAUUAUAUGAAGACCACGUUACAUUCUGCUCCGAUAGAUUGAUUGAGUAGUUGGCUGCACAACAUGUAGCACCAUGGUAAGGGAAUCAAAGAUCAUUUACCGUCUAAACUUGACUUGAGCAUUACCAUCAUUCCAAAUGUAACAAUUGUUUAUUUGCUAGCCGAUUGAACUAAAAGUCAGCUGCAUCGCUAAACAAAGUCUUCUAGCAAAUGGAAAACCAAAAUGAGUAUAAAUCAAGUAACAGCGGUCAACAAGACCAGAUCCGGAAAUAAAAUAUAUAAUAUUUUAUUGAAAACCACAAGUUUGAAAAAAAAAUCCCAUUCAUAAUCUAAACGUACGAAUACACUUGUCAAGUUCUUUUCUAUUUUGCAUAGAAUGCCUCCACUGCGAUGAUUGAACCGUAGUUUCCACACCAUAUCCAUAUAUCCACCGGCCAUUACCUAUUAUAAUACGUUCCAGUAAUCCCUUCUAUAAUUCAUUUACAUUGCUCAGGGGUAAGCAAUUUCCAUAUGCCUCUAUUGUUGUUUUAAAUUCAAUAAUUUUGGAACAAAUUUUACAUCCGCGCAUUUCGUACCCAAAAUAUUGCAAAAAAUGUCAGGAUAAAAUGUAAUCAAUGUCGCAACUUCGUCAGAGUUUUCUCUGAUUUGUCUCUGAGCUUUCGCGAACAAUGGUCUAUCGUUUCUUGUAUGCGAUGUUGAAUUGUUCAAAAUCAUGCUGACCAGUGUAAAAUCAUCUAUUUCAAACCUAUUGACUCCAAUUUUAGAGCAUCGCCAUGAUCAUGAAGGAUACUCGAAGAUCUUAAGAGAUUGAGUUUGAGCUCUGCGUUAAAAAUAAAGUGUUAAUAUUUCACUGCAUCAUGAAAAGAGUUCUAUUAAAAUGGACAAGCUUGAAGACGAGAAAAUUUGCAUGUCCGCGGCUCAGAGUGAACGCCUUAGCAGAUGGUCCAGUACACAGAUUGCCUUUGUCCCGUCGCUGAACUCUAGAUCAAAUUUGUAGGCCAUUAAAGAGAAUACAGAACACAUACAUCUACAGGAAUUUUAUAACGACUAAAGGUCAUAUAAUAAACAUAUUUCCUAUAAAAAGACCUUAUUUUUGACCAAUCUGUGAACUUAGUUUCGAAUAGCUAAGGAAAAAUAUUUGUCCAAUUUGAUAAUUAUGGUGGUUAUAGUUACAUUCGUCUUUCUAUGAAAUUCCGUCAGGUCACAUGGGGUUAAUAAAUAUAUAAUAAUGAAAUAAA